AUGGCCAUCCAAACUCAAAACUAUACCGCCCACACAACUCCGGUGCAGAACCCUCGUCUUCGACUCUUGAACGCUCUUCGCAAGCAUGAAUUAGCAUUGAUGACCUUUAUCGCAAUCCCAUCGGUACGACAUGCUCAAAUUGUCGCCAUGACUGGCCUGGACGUAAGCAAAACCAAUUAUGUUGGCCGAACAAGCUUGUCUGACAUUCGCAGGNGUGUGAUUGUCGACUGUGAACACGGCCAUAUCGGUGACGACUCUAUGCAUAACUCUGUGGCUGCCAUCUCAUCGAUGGGCGUUUCUCCCAUCAUUCGUGUUCGUGGUUUCUCACCAGACAUCUUGAAGCGGGCUUUGGAUACUGGUGCUCACGGCCUUAUGGUGCCUAUGGUGAACACAGCUGCUGAUGCAGAGGCCGUCGUACGCUACUCAAAGUNNUUCCCCCCUCUUGGACUUCGUGGUCAAGGAUCAGCUUUCCCUGCUAUCGGUCACGGCUUGACGACACCUGAAUACAUGAAGACUGCCAACGAGACACUUCUAACAAUCGUACAAAUCGAGACGAAGGAGGGCGUAGCCAACGUUAAUGAGAUUGCUGCUGUUCCCGGAGUUGGUAUGUGGCAUCGUGACCGCUCUACGGAUAAUACCCUCGGACUAACAUAUUCUANNGAUUAUCUGUUCAUCGGUCCUAACGACCUUGCACAAUCAGUGCUCGGCUACACACCCGCUAGAGGUGACGAGCCAGAAUUCGUCGACGCCAUCCAGAAGAUCGUUGCUGCUGCCAGGAAGAAUGGAAAGUGGGUUGGAAGAUUGGUCAACGACGGUCCUCUGGCAGUGGAAGCUGCGAAGCAGUUUGAUUCUGUCGCCAUCACCGGAGACACCAAGGCAAUCAGCAAUUGGUACACCGCUCAGAUUGCAUGUGUCAAGGGAAAAUAG